GUUUUCUGAUCCUUUCUAUGAGUUUCACCAUCUGUGGUCUUUACCAACAACUGUGGUUUAAUCGAUUGGUAAUAGAGAAAAAUCAUUAACUAGGAGAAAAUGUCGAAUCUAAAAAUGAAAGAGGCAGCCCUUAUCUAUCUUGACAGAAGUGGAGGCCUCCAAAAGUUUAUAGAUGAUUGCAAGUACUACAAUGAUUCAAAACAAAGUUAUGCUGUCUAUCGAUUCAAUAUUUUAAUAAAUCCUUCUGAUGUUGUUGAAUUAGAUGCUGAACUUGGAAAUCACAUUUUACACCAGCCUUUAAAAGCUGCUCAAGUUUUUCAAUCAGUCUGUUUUAUUGCUGUUAAGACUCUCUCAUUAAUUGGACAGUUGCAGACAGAAACUCAAAUUAAUAUUGUGCUGAAAUUAACACAUUUACCUCCUCUGCCAAGCUAUGGUCUUGAUCUUUGUGACUUUCCACGUGAUUAUACAUCUCAGAGAUUUUAUAUGAUGCAAGGAAUUGUGAUUGCAAUGACAACAGUAACUAAGUAUACACAAGGUGCAAGAUUUCUUUGUUCAGAUGAAGCAUGCCCUCUUUCAAAAGGAUUUCAGUAUAUAAGAGUGCAUGUGCCUGGUGCCACAGAAUCUGCAACAAUAAGAAGUGACUUUUUGUGUAAUCUAUGUGCAUCUUCACUGCAAGAAGACAGAAAAUUUAGAGUACUUGGUGAUAAACAGAUAGUUGAAAUAAUUACCACAAAGGCACUUCAGGCUUUUCAAGGUAACAACCAGACAUUUAGGUUCCAAUCUCUUACAAUUUUCCUAAGAGAUGAAUCAGUGAAUAAAAUGAAUAUAGGAAAUGAAUAUAAAAUUAUUGGAAUUCCAACAUGUGUAAAAACCUCACAAACUGUCUGUAUAGAAGCAAAUAGCAUAACUUUUUGUAAUUCAAAAGUUCCUUCAGAAAUUAGUAACAACUUCAGGUGUCUCCUCUCCUUGACUUCCAGUUCAUGCUGGAAGUUUACAGCAGUACUUGCCAAUAUCUUUGCAUCACAAAUUGUUCCUCCUGGGACUUACAAUUUGCUCAAGCUCUGUUUGUUGAUGAGUCUUGUACAGACAAGUGACCAUAAAAAGGAACUGGAAGAUUGCCUGGAUAUUUUAAUUAUAACAAGUGAUACUCUACUAGUAAAAAGGCUUUUGAAUUUUAGCAUAAACCUUGUUCCUCGUGGUGUAUGUCAUCCAGUCUCUACUGAAAUUUUUCCCACUCUAUCCAGGAAUAAGUAUGGAACUGGAGCAGUUAGCAUUCAAGCUGGCAGUGCUUUGCUAGCCAAAGGUGGUGUCUGCUUUAUAGGAGACUUGGCUUCACACAAGAAAGAUAAACUUGAACAGCUUCAAUCAGUUCUGGAGAGCAGAAGCAUUACAGUAUACAUCCCAGGAAAGAAGUUUGGGGGUGAUAUUGAUCAACAAAUGACUUUUCCAGUUCAGUGCAGUUUUUGGUCUUUUCUUGAUAUGGAUUCAUCUUCAAGGAGAACUGCACAGAAAAACAACGCUUUAAUUGGUCAGAUGGAUUGCAGUUUGAUUCCAGCUAACCUUGUGGAGGCAUUUGGAUUAUUGAUUAAUUGUAAUGAAUCAUCUGCUUGCCACCCACUUCUUCCUACUGUGCAACACACUUUAAAGAAAGCCAUUGAUCCUGAAAGGCUGCUUUAUGUAGCUUCUAAACAGUUCAGAACUGAAGAUUUUGAAAAGCUACUGGCUUUUGCAAAGAAUUUGAAUGUAGAAUUCAGCUUGGAAGCAGAAAGAAUGAUUCAUGGCUAUUAUCUAGCAAGUCGCAGAAUCAGAACAGAUUCUAUAUAUGGAUCAAAACUCUCAGCAUCUGCAUUAAGAUAUUUAGUUUCCCUAUCUGAAGCCCAUGCUCGACUGAACUUAAGGAACAAAGUGCUUAAGGAAGAUGUACUAAUUGCAGCCUUAUUAUUUGAAACAUCUCUCACGUUGAAAUAUGGGGCCACUGUAUUUUGUGUCGCUCCAAAUGCAGUAUUUCCAUUUGACUUGUAUGAUGAAGAGUAUUUAGAGCAAAGGGAUCUCUAUCUAACUCAGUGCCAGCAACAGCUUGAACAAUUUAUUGCCACAUAUGGACCUGGGACAGCUAUUUUCUCUAGUGAUGAAUAAGUAAUUUGAGGAUAUUUUUCUUCAUUCCUACUUAAGCAGUGGGAAAGUGUGAGUAUUUGAGAGUGACUUUCAAGUAAUGCUUCAGAUAAUACUGUAAAUAGUACAUUAGAAUACUACUUUU